GUGGUAUUCUGAGUCUCACUGUCGUCAUGGAGGAGCAGGAAGUAGUGAGUGUUGAAAAUAAUGCUCUCCGGUCUCUAAAUUCUGAUGUCAAAACCCACGUUAAUUUUAUUAACCAGUCGAAACAAAGCGCCCGAGCAUGGUGGUUGGAUUUUUCCGGACAUCCAGUUUCUUAUGGCGAUAUACGAACGAACGGGUUAUUACGUAUGGAUACUUUUCUGACGCAUCCAUGGGUUUUCAGAGCCUCUCGAAAUGGGGCGAAACUUUUAGCUAAUCAGCGAGAUGUUUAUAUGCCAACAGCUGCCACCGAAUAUGAAGAGGAUGGUGACCCCAAGUUUCUGAAUGUUGUCAUAGCUACCCCAGUGUACUCUCUCCAGGAGUGUUGUCUGAUGCUAAUCCGUAAUCUGGUAGAAGAGGAGGACUACGGCAGACUGGACAUCCCCGAGUCACUGAAGACAGACCUCAGACAACAGCCUGACUUACUGAAGGAGCUGGGACUCAUCAACCGUUGUGUCAUUUAGAUCACAAUGAAUCAGAACGGGGGGGGGGGGUGACCUGAUCCUAGAUUAGCUCUCAUACUCUGAGAAGCUCUAUGCAUAACAGGCCACUGAAUCAUGGACUUUCUGUUGACCAAAUGCAGCCUUUCCCCCCCCUGCUCUGACCUCGCUGGUGACUAUAGAACAGUGGAAGUCAAAGUCAGGGUCGGGGAACUGCAGUGGGGUCGCCAAUUAAGAGUACUUAUUAUUAUUAAGAGUACAUAUUAUUGUAUGGGACAAAAAAAACUUAAAAUGUUUAAGAAAUAUAUAUUUUUUUAAAUAUUUAUUGAAUAAAUGUAUUUGUUUA